UUACCAUAGGUACACGUGUACCCGAACCUCAGUCCCGAUCAAGGAUUAUAAAGUCUCUCAUUGUAUUUCACUCCGAAAAAAUGCGCAGGCUUUUGUUGAUUUGUAUAACUGAUCUGUUUUAAAAACCCUAUUCAAGUUGAAUACCGGGUACGGGUGUACUAAUAUCGGGUUAUUUAAUACCUGGCAGUAUCUAGUAAACUACAGUAAACUGCAGGCAGUAUCACGGUCUACAGUCGCGGAUACAGAGGAGAGAGAGUGAAUAACAAUGACGUCGCUGUCUGACAGAGGACUACUUCUCUGGACUACCCUACAUCUCCAGUGUUAAAAAACCCCAAUCUUAACAACGAAAGGAUAAGAACUCUCUACACGGACGUGUAAUUUGUUACAUCUCACCAUGACUAGUGAUUCCGUAGUCCGGGGAUCCAGCCCCGUUAAAGUGACCCCCAGCCAGGAUUCCGAUAAGGAGGGGAUUGAAGACGAAACUGAGGCAUUGGAGAGGGCACGGAGGGAAAAGAAGCCGUUCUUUUACUGCAGGCUGGUGGCCAAAUACCCCGUCAAAUGUUUUGUAAUAACCUUGUCGUGUCACAUUGCCAUGGUGAUUAUAUCCGGAAUUCUCUUUGCCUCGGGGUUCAACCUCUUUCCUACAAACUUUGAGAAACUUCCGAUGGAGCUGUACGACAUUCCAUACCGAGUGAGGGACUACGCUUGGCGGGACAGGAACAGCUAUAGUGAUAUAUUUAAGAGGACGCUUUCACAACAAGUGAUCAGUUACGAGAGGGGUCUUUUCUCUGUGUUCUCUUCAAUAGACCUGAUUUAUGACACAGACGUGGGAAAUAUUUUUACCAAAGCCAAUCUGCAGAGAAUACAGCGUAUAGAAAAUGAACUGGCCAGUUCAGCAUCUUAUUCCUCUGUCUGUAUGACACACAACGAUUCACUAUCUUGUAAACCAUUUAAAUCUGUUCUGAGAUAUUUUGAUGGAACAUACAAACAAGUAAGCGCUAUAUUAGAUGACCCUAACUUUAACAACAUAGCUGCCGUGUUGUACGAAGCUUUCACAAACAACGCCACUACGGAAGAUUUUCAAUUCUUCCUUCCUAAAGGAUACAGCUUGUCUGCUACGCACGUGCAUGGAACUCUCACUCGGUCAAUUUUGCGGGUAGGGUGUUCCACGAGUGGUUCUACUAAGUGCUUAUCGGAUACAUGGAAAAAACAAGCUUUGACUUAUUUAAAAGAUGGUAUUCAAACAAAACUGAAAGAUUAUGUGGACGAAUCUACAGAUGACUUUAACUUUUACUUCUUCUGCACGAAUUUAUGGCUGUCAGACACUCUCAAACAAGCCAUUUUAGACAUGUUAUGUGCAGUGGGGAGUAUGUUAUUUAUCUUUUGCUUUAUGCUGUUUCACACCAGGUCAUUUUGGAUCGCGGGAUUUGCCAUUCUCAGCAUUCUUUUGAGUUUUUUAGGAACAAAUAUUAUAUAUACGGGAAUUAUUGACUUUCAGUAUUUCGGCUUCUUUCAUAUCUUGUCCAUUUUCAUCAUUUUGGGUAUUGGAGCGGAUGACCUUUUCGUGUUUUAUGAUAACUGGCGACUUACAGCAUUUUCCACGUACCCAAGCCUCGCACACCGUCUGUCAGACGCGUACUCUAAGUCAGUUCUAAGCAUGUUUAUUACGUCACUAACAACAGCCGUCGCCUUCUUGUCGAGCACUAUUUCCCCACUUCUUGCCACACGGUCCUUUGGAGCCUUUUCCGCGAUCCUUGUCAUUUACAACUACCUGUCUGUGAUAGUAUUCUUCCCGACUGUGAUAACUGUGUAUCAUUUAAAAUUUGAGCAGUGGACAUGUCCUUGUUGUCGAAAAUGCAAAGAGAAAGAGGACGAGAGCUCUUCAGAGAAGACUAAAACUGGCGUAUCUAACGAAGUGUUUGUUAUCACAGAACUAGAAUUGACCGUGGAAGACAAGAAGUUACCACCUGUUUGUAACACUAAUGGAAGUGUUGUUAAUGUUACUGUCAAUGGAAAUCCAAUCCCCAACAUUGAGAAGAAAUCUUCUCUAACAAGUAGCUAUACCAAUGGACUAGCAAAUGGCAAAACUCCUGUUCUAAAUGGACAUGCAAAUGGGUUUGUUGCGAAUGGUAAACCUCAAGCUAACGGAACUAUCACGACAUCAGAAAACAAGAAGACAAAAGACUCACUGGUUGUCAAAGCCCUGCAUAAAAAAAGGCAGAAAAAAUUGACUGUGUUUUUCAGAGACUACUACCUCCGCUUUAUAACGAACAAAAUCACAAGAUGUAUUGCAAUUCCUGUCUUUGCUGUCGUGGUAUCUUUCCUUGCAUACUCUGCGUCUACUUUGGAGCCAGACAACGAAGAGCUUCAAGUCUACAAGAAAUCCCACUUCUACACAAAAGCCCAGAACAAGGAGCUAUAUUCAUUCGUGGAGAAUGUGGACGACAAUCUGGUGAAGAUCUACAUUGUGUGGGGAAUCUCUGAAAAAGACCGAAGUGAUUGUCAUUUCUCCUCCAUCGAUUGCAGAGGUACCCAAGUGUACGACUCCUCCUUCGAUCCAAACCCUCCGGGAAAUCAGGAGAAAUUAAAGGAAUUUUGUGACUCAUUCUACAACAUGUCAUCUUCAGAUCUAAGUCAGUACAGAAUCAAGACGGACACAUCUGGAAUUCCAGAAGUCGCAUGCUUCACAAGAGAUCUGGAAACAUAUCUGAAGUCGCUGUCUGUAGGCGGAUUGGACCUGUCGCUUCCCUGGGACUCGGCAAAAACUCUGGCAUUCAUGAACGCCCAAACAAAUUUUUAUAAUACCACUGGAUACUCUUCAUAUACAGACUUUCUGUCGAUUCCUAUGCAGUACUGGAUGUAUGACGGUUAUUCUAUGAACUAUACGACAGACUAUGGUUUAUACAAUGAUCUGUUUGGAGAGGAAAAGACAACAUUCAGCCAGCCUCUCAUAACAAAUAGUCAGAUACACUACGGGAAUAAGAUGAAGUACCUGGCGGUGCAGGUGAAUACGACAAUCAACAGAAGAAUAACCGGGUACUCCACUGGUAUACCUCUCAUUGAAAAGUGGGAGCAACUCAUUAACAACAAGAUGGCUGCAAUGCCAGAUGGUCUCAAAAAAGGCUUUCAACUGACCAGGCAAACGUGGCACUGGAUCUAUGUCCUUAAGACGCUUGCAGAUAACGCCUUACUUGGAAUCUUGAUUGGUGUAUGUCUCGCCUUCCCCAUUCUGUCUCUGUCCACCAUGAAUGUCGUGAUCGGUUUCCUUGCCACGUUCUCCAUCUGUUGUACCACUGUCUGCGUCAUUGGGGUCAUUCCACUGGCCGGCUGGAAACUAGGGUUGUUGACGUCAUUAAAUAUGUGUCUGGUAGUCGGUCUAGCGGUGGAUUUUGUAGUGCACUUGGCGGAAGGAUACACAUUGUCACUUCACAAAGAUAGAUACCACAGGACACGUGACAUGCUGGAGGAAAUGGGAUCUUCCGUUUUCUCCGGCGCAUGCACUACCCUCGGAGCAGCUUUAUUUAUGUUUGCUGCCGAAAUUCAAUUCUUUAUGCAGUUUGGCGUGUUUAUGUUUUGCACAAUCGGGUUUUCUCUCAUAUUUUCAUUGGGAUUGUUUACAUUGCUCGUAGGGUUAAUCGGCCCACAGAACAACACUGGAAAUUUGAAAGUCUUGUUUCAAAAAUGUCGGUUAAGGUGCCAAAGGAAUAAUUCUAAGAAUGAAAGUUGAUCUCACUGAUCCUGGAAGUGACGGAAAGCGUCGUUAAAUAUUGUGUCGUUUAAACUUGUGAAAUUAUCCAUUAUGUUCAUCAUUUCGAUAUUUAAUAGAAUCUCCGCAUUAUUGUUGUCAGGGACUGAGUAUACUUAGUAGGCGAGUCCUUUUUAUUGUUAAACUUUUAUAGUUGUCAUCAUGCUUUAAAUCCUGAAAGUGCCAGAAAAAUCCAACCUUUAUGUUGAUGUACUGUGAAUUAAAUACAUGUAUCUUGUUAUAUCAAUGUCUGGAUGCUAUGUUUAAAUGAAAAUCCAAGGGUAUGCAUCAGUUUGAAAUUAUCCAAGAAUGUUUUGUUUUUAUCAA